AUGGCCGUGACGUCACCUGUUCGGAGGGGAGGGGUGAGAGAGGGGCGCAGGGAUUGGCCGAGAGGCCGUGACGUAGCCAGUCCCAUAGAGCCAGUCGGGCUUGUGCCUUCGUGGUGGUUGGGUAUGGAUUGGUCUCGUGCCGUAGUGUCGUCAACGUCACUUCCGACUGUCGAUCGGGACAGCAUCGGACUCAAGGGGCCUUUCAUUUCCUUCAUCUUGGAAGAAUCGUCGGUGAAUGUGAUCCACCUAUCCGCUAGGACUGCCCAUUUGAAGACUUAUUUCUUACACUCAAGGAAAUCAAUGAUCUCUGCAGGGGCAGAUGUUCACUCUACAGUCAAUGUGUUGUCAAGACUACGUAGGAAGAUGUAUAGUCCGAUAAUAACCGCUUCCUGGAGGAGUGAGGUCUGCGAGAAUGGGAGCAGACUUGGGAAUCCUGGGUCGGCGGACCUUUCUCCUAUCUCCAGAGGAAUUCCAGGACUGUCAGGAGUAUGUGGGCCAGCGGGGUCUGUCCUGUUAACCAGGGCCCUCUUGCAUUUCUUUAUGUGA